ACUCCCUUGACCGACACCACCAUGUUCUGGCAGUCGCUGCCGGCCGUCUUCCUGGCCCUUGCGCUGCCAUGUCUCUCCGCCCCCUCCUUUGUUAACACUGCCGUCGUGCGCAUCGUCGACCUUGGCGGCUCCGUCACCCAAGUGACGACCACCUACGCCGCGAAGGCCCUCGAGGCCGCCGACACCUACACCAUCGCGCUCACCCCUGAAGAUCGCGGGCACACGAGCUGGAUCGAGGCGAAGCUGAAGGGUGAGAGUGCCGCCCUGGAGCUGAAGGAGCAUCCCGUGGAUCCCGAGAGCGAUGUCCAUCUGGUCGACGUGGUGCUGCCGGAGCGCGUGGAGGCUGGCGCGGCGCUGACGCUUGUGCUGGACACCGUGCAGACGCAUGCGACGUGGCCGUGGCCCGACCACGCGAAGCAGACGGACGAUCAGGCGCUCAAGUACAAGACCGGCCUGUUCGUGGUGAGCCCGUACGAGACCCAUGUCCAGCGGACGAAGCUGAGGCUCGCCUCGCCGGACGUCCUGUCGUACACGACCCCAGAGAACUUGGACGCGUUCACGAAGGAUGUCCCGGUGACCAAGUCCGGCGCGACGAUCACGUAUGGGCCCUACGAGACGAUCCCCCCCUCGGCCACGAAGGACUUCGCGGAGAGCACGCAGCAGAGCGUCGUCGUGCACUACAAGUACGACUACCCCGUCUACGAGGUGACCGAGUACACCCGCGCCGCCGAGAUCAGCCACUGGGGCGCGAACCUCAACAUCCAGGACGAGGUCACGCUCUACAACGCCGGUCCGAAACUGAAGGGCCAAUUCUCCCGCCUCGACUACCAGGGCCAGGCCUACUUCAAGCGCUCGAACCCGCUCAUCAUCCCCGGUCUUGCCCUCCACCUCCCCGCGGGCGUCCGCGACGUCUACUACUACGACCAAAUCGGCAACGUCUCCACCUCCGCCCUGCGCACGCCGCCCAAGUCCGCCUCCGCUAAGCGCGCCGCCAACCAGUUCUCCCUCCUCGAGAUGCGCCCGCGCUACCCGAUCCUCGGCGGGUGGAAGUACUCGUUCACGCUCGGGUGGGACGCGCCGCUGGGCGACUCGGCAAGCUAUGAUGCAAAGACGGGGACGUAUAUUGCGGAGGUGCCGAUUAUGCUGGGGUUGCCGGCGGCGGUGGUGGAUGAGUUGACGGUGAAGAUCGUGCUGCCUGAGGGUGCGACGGAUGUGGACUACGUCCUGCCGUUCCCUGCGAUCUCGCAGUCCAGCGACACGCACAUCACCUACCUCGACACCACUGGAAGGCCCGAACUGAUCUUCAAGUACAAGGAUCUCACGGAGAAGCACGCGCAGGCGAUCUAUGUCUCGUACAAGGUCUCCACUGCAGCCCAUCUGAAAAAGCCCAUCACGGUGGCGACCGCGUUGUUGGGAUUGUUCACCUUCGCUGUCUACGCUCGCCGGAUAGAUUUGUCUAUACACAAGCAGCGCAAACAGUAAUUUGUGUAGAGCUUACACAGCGUCUCAAUGCAAAUGAGAGUGUAAAACCCUGUCAACGAUCUCCUUCAGCAUCCGCUGCUUCACUUCGAUCUGCAUUGGUAUCGAGGCUAAUAGAGCGCGUCUGCCU